AUGGCUUCUUCCAAUGAGAACGAUGAUGUUCCCAUGCUUCCAGUUUCAGACACAUCAUCAUCUCGUACUAGGUCACGUAGCAUUUCCCUAGCGAACACUUCUUCCACCAUUGACGUAUUUGAAAACUCGAGUGUUGGUUUAGGCUACACAGAUCCUCUGGGGACCCAGAGACGGCCUCCUCCUUCUACUGGUGGUUCUUCUGAUUUCAUUGGUGCCUCCUCCUCUCAGCCUGAGUUGGUCUCGAAACAUGAACAUCUUCUGAUAUCUGGAAAAUUGGGGAUGUGUAAUGAUCCUUACUGUACCAGUUGCCCUCCAGACUACAAACUCAAAGCUGCUAAAAUCUCCACUUCUGGUUCCACGCCCCGUAAUGCCCUGGAUGAUGAUGCUAAUAAGGGCUGGUUUAGGCGAUUUGCUACAUCUAUUGAUAAAUGCUUACCGUUACCGAAAAUCAUGGAGCCUCACUCUAAAACCGUUCAGAGCAGGAAUAAAUUCUUUGCCUAUACAUGCUUGUUCUCUAUUUUCGUAGAUCCCUUCUUUUUCUACCCCAUAGAAGUCAAUGAGGAGGACAGAUGCAUUAAGAUCAAUUGGCUGUUGGCUAACAUAAUUGUAGCUAUCAGAUUUUUAGCGGAUGCUUUGUACUGUAUUAACAUCCUAUUUCAGUUUCGAAUGGCAUAUGUAGCUCCCGAGUCUACGGUUGUUGGUGCUGGCCAGUUGGUUUAUGAUCCAAUAAAAGUUGCUGGCCGCUACUUACUAGGAAAGUUUAAACAAGACAUUUCAAUAGUGAUACCAAUUCCACAGAUACUGAUGCUAUGGGUGAUACCACACGUGUUAGGCAUAUCUGGGGCAAACGAUAUAAAGAACCUUUUACGCACUGCAAUUCUUAUCCAAUGUCCUAUAAAGUUACAUAGGCUUAUUCAUCUUCUAGCCGGACAAAGACCGACAGGGUUCAUGUUUAAGUCAGCUAGGGCUAACUUUUUUAUUAAUCUUUGCACCUACAUGCUUGCUGGACAUGUUGUUGGCUCUUGCUGGUAUCUUUUUGGUUUGCAGAGAGUUAAUCAAUGUCUUAGAGAUGCUUGCGAUUAUUCUGAUUCUGCAUGCAAACAACUAAUAGAUUGUGGUCGUGAUCAUGAAGCGGAAGUUUUAGAUGCUUGGAAAGGUAACGUGAGUGCCAGUGCUUGUUUUGAGGAGGGUGGUUUUCAAUAUGGAGUAUAUUGGAAGGCAGUCAAUCUCACUCAUGACCCUAAUGUGCUCACAAGAUACACAUACUCUCUUUUCUGGGGGCUUCAGAACUUCCUUCAGUCUCUCGGCCGCAGGAAUAUGGAAAUGACUCUAAGACAGCGUGAUGUGGAUCAAUGGAUGAGACAUAGACUGUUUCCAGAACGCAUAAAAAUGAGGGUGCAAGAAUCUGAGUGGUUUCACUGGACUGCUAGUGGAGGAAUUAACGAAGAAUUGCUCUUGGAGAAUAUGACGGAUGACAUUCAAAGAGAUAUAAAACGACAUCUCUUCGCAUUUCUCAAUAAGGUGAGGAUAUUUUCGAAGAUGGAUGAACCAUUCUUAGAUGCCAUCCGUGAGAGGCUGAAACAGAGGACUUACUUAAAGAGUAGCAUGGUCUUGGACCGCAAUGGUCUAGUUAAUAAAAUGGUAUUCAUAGUGAGAGGUAAGAUGGAGAGCAUUGGAGAAGAAGGUUCUCGUACUCCUUUAUUAGAGGGAGACGUUUGUGGUGAAGAACUUCUCACUUGGUGCAAAGAACGCUCUUCUGAUGGGACUAGUUGUGAUGAUAUGGGCCCAAUAUCAAAUCAGUUUACUUCUGACCCAAGAAAAGCCCAAGACGAAAGAGUGUCCACCAAGGAAUGAUUUCCUUUCUUCUCCUAAUGUUGGCUACGGCAAUUCACGAGAUGUGUAAAGAAAAGGGAAUUAUACAAAAGCUAAUGGGAUUAGGAAAGGCAAUAGCUUUUAGUAUAAAUAAAGNAGAGAGGCAAGAUCAAUAAGAGAGAUAAAGAAAGAUCAAGAGAGAUUAGCAAAUUAAGAGAGGUUUUUGCUUUGGUUUAUCUUGUGAUCUUUAUAGUUUGUUCUUGAGACAUUAUUCUUGAAAGAGUGAACAAAGAUAG